AUGUCACCUGGAAUUGAAGAAGAGAGCGUUGAUACACUUUCAAUGAAUGGAAACAACAAAAUGCAAGUCAAAAACUUCAUUUGGUCUGAGGAAGAAUGGCCUACAUUAAAGCACGACGAUUUCGGAGGCGUAAACGACGAUAUUCCAGUGAUUAGUCUUAACAAUGGUAUUUGGGAAAAUCAAGAAUUUUACGAAAAUAUCUGUCAAGUUAUGGUGAAAGCAAGUGAAAAAUGGGGAUUCUUUAAGCUUGUAAAUCAUGGGGUGCCUAAUGAAAUUGUUGAAAAUUAUACCACUCGUUUGCACGAGCUUUUUGAUUUUCCUAUGGAACAAAAACUCAAAGGUGGGAAAACAUCAAAUUUGCCAUUGGGGUAUUAUGCCUCAAAUCCUGAGUAUGGGCAAAACUUGCCUUGGGCUGAAGUGUUACAGCUGCUGCAGUCACCAGAAAUGGUUGUCGAAUUCGCGAAAAAGGUCUAUGGUGACCAAUAUCACACAUUUAGCAAUGCAAUGAUAGAGUACAUGAAAGAAAUGGACAAGCUAGGAAUGAUUAUAUUUGAGAUGUUGGCACAUGGAUUAGGCCUUGAAAAUGACUUCUUCAGCAAAAACUUUGAAGAAAAGGAGGCUACAUAUUUUAGGAUAAGCAGAUAUCCUCCUUGUCCUCUCCCAGAAAAGAUAGUAGGGAUAGGGAUUCAUUCAGAUCCCCAAACCUUAACCAUAUUGCAUCAAGACCAAGUUGGUGGUCUUCAAGUCCUCAAGAAUGACAAACAAUGGGUUGGUGUUAGACCUCUUGCAAAUUCAUUUGUCAUCAAUAUUGGUGACACCCUUGAGGCUUGGACAAAUGGAAGAUUAAAGAGUGUUAUACACAGGGCAGUAGUGAAUAAGGAGAAGCAGAGGCUAUCAAUAGCAUAUUUCAUGAGUCCAACAAGCAGUGCAACUAUUGAAUGCCCUCCUCAGCUUAUUAAUCCAUUUUCUAAUCCAAGAAAAUAUGAAUCUUUUACAUGGGCUGAACUGAGGCAUCUUCUUUUAACUACAAGGAGAGUUAGGGGCAAAGCUGUUGCCCUCAAUAAAUUCCUUAUUUCUAAUUGAAAAUCGA